CGUGUGGCCUUUGUUAAUAUGCGUUUGAGACAGAGACUUAUAUGUAGAAGUUGAAAAUGCCUGGAAGAUUUCUGGUUUCUGUCACUCCUUUUCCUGCCUUUUUGCAUCUCUGCCUGAUUUGGAUGAUGUGAUGUUCAGAGGGACGCCUUAAUCGAAGUCGUUCUCCAGCGAGACACACCUGGCCAAAGAUUGUAUCCUUAAUUCAAGAUGGCCAGUCAACCGCCAGAAGAUGCCGCAGAGUCUCAGGUGUCCGACGAGCUCGAGUGUAAGAUCUGUUAUAAUCGCUACAACCUGAAGCAGAGGAAGCCCAAAGUGCUGGAGUGUUGUCACAGGGUGUGUGCCAAAUGCCUCUACAAGAUCAUAGACUUCGGGGACUCCCCACAAGGCGUCAUCGUCUGUCCUUUCUGCAGGUUUGAGACAUGCCUGCCGGAUGACGAAGUUAGUAGCCUGCCCGACGACAACAACAUCCUCGUGAACUUGACUUGUGGAGGCAAAGGCAAGAAGUGCCUGCCAGAAAACCCCACCGAGCUGCUGCUGACCCCCAAGAGGCUGGCCUCGCUCGUCAGUCCUUCUCACACCUCCUCCAACUGCCUGGUUAUCACCAUCAUGGAGGUCCAGAGAGAGAGCUCCCCGUCUCUGAGCUCCACUCCUGUGGUAGAGUUUUAUAGGCCUGCGAGUUUCGACUCUGUCACCACUGUGUCCCACAACUGGACUGUGUGGAACUGUACAUCCCUGCUCUUUCAGACAUCCAUCCGGGUCUUAGUCUGGUUGCUAGGUUUGCUGUACUUCAGCUCCUUACCCCUAGGGAUCUACUUACUGGUAUCUAAGAAAGUCACCCUUGGGGUCGUCUUUGUCAGCCUCGUCCCUUCAAGCCUUGUUAUUCUUAUGGUGUAUGGUUUUUGCCAGUGUGUUUGUCAUGAAUUUCUAGACUGUAUGACACCUUCUUAAUCGAUAUGCAAACUAAGAAAUUUGACGUACAUUGCCAUGUUUGAAGUUAGGUAAUUUAUCAUUUAUUUUCUUUUGUGUUGUCUACGAUUAGGGUCCCUGACAUUAACAAAGCCAUCAUCCAUAUGUCUGUGGUCUGUUUUCCAUCAAAAUGUUGACUCAGUUGGUUUUCCUAUAUGCUGGAAGUAAAAAUAUUCAUUUCUACUUAGGGGUUAGCAAAGAAACAAAAAUGUAUGAGCUAAGCCUUCAUGGAGCUCUUCUCAUGAGUCUUCCCAGAGAAAGAGCAGGAUUUCACUCAGCCCACCUGGAUGGAGACCAGGAGUGAGGUGUGUUAGGCUGCAGUAGAGGUCUUUGUGGAAGGUGAGGAAUGAACUGAUUGCUCUUAUCAUCAUCGACAGUCUAGGAUGGAGGGUGGAUACGAGAGGAGAGCUGUUCCAAGACACAUCCGUUUGAAAAGUGUGCACCCCUCGUUGUU